CCAUUUCAGCACACGGGGGUUAUUUAUACCAGGGCCUUUGUGUGUCUUCGUGGACAGAUUUGGCUCAAGGCCUUGUAUGGCAAUUGUGUUUUGUUACCAGGUUAAAAUAUGGGCAUAAUGUACGUGGGCACAGUGUACGCGCGCGCGUGUGUGCAUUUGAUUAAAUAGUAUGGCUUGCAGUCAUCCUUGUUUAUGAUAUGUUGCACUACACAGAUGGAAUUUGUUUUCUAUUGUCUUUCGGACCCUAAAAAAGUGGCAUAUUAAAGAUGAAGAAUGGGGAGAUGUUUAAAGAUAUGUGGCCAAUUCUGCAGUGACCUAUGAUUUAUAUCCUGCUGUAAAUGUAUGGAGGCCCGUUUCUGCUAAAUAUUGAUGACAAUUCAGCCUCGAUAAGAUAUUUAAAAAUUGAAUUAUGAGAUACAAUGUCCAUAACAUGAAAUUUAAAAAAAUCAAAUAUUAUUGAGAAUAUUGAAAUAUUGAGAAUGAAACCACAGUAAAUACCAAAAUUAUUAAAGAAAAGGUUGAGUUUUGUUGAAUUAUGAGUUAAUAACUCAUCAUUAUGAGAUUAUGUGGUCUUUUUUAAUCUCACAUUCAUGACUUUUUACCUGAUAAAUAGCCCACGAUUUAUCAUGAUGGGAAGAUAGGUUUAACUUUGCAUUUCUCUUUAACUGUUUAUUUGCCUGAUUGGUUUACAGUGUAGUUGUUUAAAUGUGGUGGUGUCGCAGGCGAGUAAUUUGACAUUUCGUUCAGUUUCCCCUUAGAGAGUAUCUAUGGACAACUCUACUAACUUUACACUCCCACAUUAUUGAUGAGUUGCUGAGUGGGUUGAACGUUUUGCUACAAGCAUCAGUGUUGUGCUUUCGCGUCAUUUGCAAUUCAGGACAGGCUCAUGUCAAACUAGACGAAUCAGACAAGUGGAGCAGCUGAUAAAAACGCCGUUGUCAGUUUCGGUCUGCCUCCUGCUUAAACCGUCGGGGCUCCACAUCCGUCAGCUGAGAAGGAAAGCGCUCAGAGAACGUGUCUCAUGGCUCCUCAGUACGCACCGAGUCUGCGCUCCCGUCUGGCACCUUUGUUGCUUUUUCUGCAGAUAGGCUUCAUUGUCAUAUAUGCCUUUUACGUUGAGAUCGAAGGCAAUGUAAGAGACAGGGAUGGGGACACUUUCAGCAACUUUUACCCAGAGUUCCAGGAUGUAAAUGUGAUGGUGAUACUUGGAUUUGGCUUCUUGUGGACUUUCCUUGUGCGAUAUGGUUUCAGUGGCACUGGGUUCAACCUCCUUGUGGCUGUUGUGGCAACUCAGUGGGCCGUCAUACUUAAUGGAAUUGAUUCCUGGUAUUAUAGAGGAAAGAUCAUGAUAAAUUUGAGAAGCUUGGUAGAUGCAGAGAUGUGCGCAGCCUCUGCCCUCAUUUCAAUCGGAGUUGUGCUGGGGAAGACCAACCCUGUCCACCUCGUCCUCAUGGCCCUGCUGGAGGUCUCAGGGUUUGUCCUGAAUGAAUGGCUCCUCCAUACUCUGCUGAAGGUCAGUCCUUUGAAGAACAUGCGGCUUCACAUCUUUGGGGCCAUCUUUGGACUCAUGGUAACCUGGAUCCUGCAUUGGAAUGGAUCCCAAAAGCAAUUUGAAAAAGAGAAAUUUGGCCGCAAAACAGGAUUAUUUUCCAUGUUGGGGACUAUAUUUCUCUGGAUGUUUUGGCCCAGUUUUAAUUCAGUUCUCGUGGAUGGCCAUACACCUGGGAGGAAGCUGGGUGCUGUCUGCAGCACCUACCUGGCCCUGGCUGUCAGUGCUGUAACAGCAGUUGCUUUGUCUGUGCUCUCGAGUCCCAAGGGAAAAGUCAGCCUGAUCCAUAUCCAGUCAUGCAUCCUUGCUGGUGGAGUUGCUGUUGGGGUUUCCAUUUCAGGGGUUCAUCAGCCUUGGGAAGCCAUGACAAUUGGAUUCACUGCUGCUGUCGUAUCAACCAUUGGUUUCCGAUAUCUCAAGAACCACAUGCUGCUUGCGUUUCAAUGCCAUGACACCUGUGCUAUCCUGAGCACACAUGGACUCCCGGGUCUACUGGGAUGGCUAGCACAGCUCCUCCUACAGAUAAGAGAUUGUGAUGAUCACACAAUGGCAAUCCAAUUUGCUGUGUUUCACAUUUGUACUGUCCUCUUCACCGUUUCUCUAAGUUUGGCCAUGGGCGUUAUUACUGGACUCCUACUUAAGUGGAACAUCUGGAGACCACCCCAAGACAGAAAGUGUUUUGAUGAUCAAGCUUUCUGGGAGUUUCCCCAUCUUGCAGUGCGCAAGUAAGACCACAGAGAAGUCUGCCCUUGAAAAUAACAACUUUUUAUGCUUUCAUGUUUUUUUUUUUACUUUUUUACUUGUGGAAAGUAGAUAGAUGUUUUUGUGUGUGCAAGACUCGGAUAGAUAAACUUCAAAAAAUCGUAGAAGCAUGAACGCAAGAGUCAUAUACUGCUCAGUUUGUUUCUGUUUAAUGCUGCCAUGGCUGUCAGAAAAUGACCUCAUGGUUUGGAUGUUACACAAGUAAAUGGAUAAGAAGUGAUGCGGUCAAAUGCAAAUCUCCAGUACACAAACAACAACCAACAGUUGUGAAACCCUUUGGUGACUUCAGGUCAACAGUAUGAGCUUCGAAUCUGUCAACAAUAAAUCUGAAAGACUGCAAAGUU